UUAUACGAUCGGACGAAAGGAAGUUUAAUUUACUAUUUAUUAAUAAGAAUAAGCUGUGUAUAAACCAAUAUAAAUAUAUAUUUCUGAAUUAUCGGAAUAUACUUAUUUGAUUCAAUAAUUUAAGUUAUAAAUUAAAAGUUGGUUACCAAAAGUUUGUUGAAAAAAAUAAUAAUAAGAUGGAUAAAAAUAAAGAAGAUGGAAUUGAUAAUAACUCUUCUUUAGAAGACUCAGCUUCCAAAAACAAAUUAAAAAACCGCUGUAGAAAAAGAAAACGAAUUAAUAGCAAUUCUAGCACGGACCUGGAUGAUGUACUGCCAGAAAACACUCUAGAUGUUGAGAAGAAUCUUCAUGCUGCGGCAUUGAAGAAUAAUUUGGAUGAUAUUAGUGUAAAAAAAAUUUUAAAGAAAGUUGUAACAAACGAUCAUGUUCUUGCUCUUGUGAAAUUACGAGAGGAGGAAAUGGAUUCAGGAACGGAGGAUGGACUUCAACCAAAGCUUACAAGAUCCAAAUUCAAGGAACUGAUGAAAGUAUCACCCAGUACAGCAACAUGGAAUUCCAUAGAAUUGACACCAAUAAAACAUAUACCAGUGAAGACGAGACCUGAAGUGAAGGCUUUGAUAGCACAGGAGCUCCCCGAUGAUGAAGAUGAUGAUGAAUAUGAGCCAGCUCAUGAUGAAGUACCAAGCGACGACGAGCACGCUUUAGAAUCCUGUAGCGACUUGGAGUCCCAACCGCGGACCCCGGCAACGCCGCAGAGACAGAAAACUGUUGACCUUUUACAGGAUGGACCAUUUAAAAUACCUCAAGAAUUAACAACGAAAUCAUUAAAGAAGGAUGAGGAGGCGACUAUCGCGCUCCGUACUCGGUCCAAGCUGAGUUUGUCGUCAACGUCCAUAGAGCAUAUAGAGAGCUCGUUCGUACCACCCGACGACAUCCCCAUGCCGGCCGUCGACGACCUCUGGAACAAGUUCCUGGAGGAGUGCCUCAACCCGGCCCCGAACGCGAGGCACGAGGACGACGACGAGACCGACCCCGAGUACAACGUGGCCGCCGACCCUGAUGCUAAUGAAGAAGACGAGGAGGCGUUAGAGAAUAGUAUAAUAAAGAUAUCCAAAAAGGAACUCAAUGACCUGGUGACGGAGCUGCUCAAUGUGUUACCGCAGGGCUCCGAGGAACAGCUGGCCAGUGAAAUGGGUGUCAUAGAGGCUGGGAGCGGAGAUAUGAUGAAAGCGACAUGGGAAGGAAAGCAAGAGCCGACUUCAGACGAGGAGUUGAAGCUAACGAUCGCUGCUGUAGAGAGAUACGACACGAGAUCCGUCGGCAAGGAGGAGCCUGCGGACCUGGACGACGGCGGAAACAAUGAUACACGGGCUGGCGCGGGCGGGGAGAACCACGCGCCCGCUGCGGGUAUGGUCAGCACAGCUCCUGGUACGGUUCAGAUCUCGGUGGUAGAGCAUCAGUCGGGGGUCCAGCCCCUCUCCCCGCGCCUGACGCCGCCCGCACCCCUCAGACACCUGCAACAGAGGGACGCCCCGCCCACAGCCGUUCGCGUACAGCUGGAUAGAGACAUGCAGAUAUAUCCGGAGCAGGUUCUGAUCCUUGAGCAGCAGCUCCGUCAGCACAUACAGCUGUCGACCACCUACUUCCUCCAGCUGUACGUACACCCCGUGCAUUGGGCGCACGCUCCCAAAUAUAAAGAGUACUUGGAAUCUCUAGAUAAACUAGCGAGGGCCAAUCCGCGUUCGGUGGCUAAUGUUUGUAAUCUGAAACCAGCUCUGGAACUGGUGAAGGGCUGGGAGGACUCCGUCUCCGAGAAUACACCGGAGAACGCGCAAAUGGUGGAGUUUAUUCAAAAGGAAGUCGAGAAAAGUCGGAAACGGAUAUCCCAGAACAGUGUGCACCUGGGUGACUUCCCGGAACUGUUCAAGCGAGUGGUGUCCAACAGCUCCGUGUUCCUGUACCCUUACCUCCUGCCGCCCUGUCCCUGUAGAGCUGACUUCACUAACAAAAAAUACGGUUACUUCAUAUCUGAAGACGAGUUGAUGGUGUUAGGUUUGGAUCAGUUCUCAAAGUACGUGGAAGAUAACCCCUCGCUAUAUAAGAAGCCUCGCGUCCAUCCCCGCAAGCGGUGGAGUCUAUCUACGGCUGCUGAGCUGACCUGCAAGUACAUGUUCCCUUGGAUGAACGUGCGCUCCCUACUGGGACAUGUUCACCUGGUGAGGAGGACCGGAGACAAGAGCAACCCCAUAGUUAAAUACUUCCAAGACGGCACGAUAGUCCCCGUUAAACACAAGUUACUGCCUUUCAACCCCUCACUGACGUUAUACGAGCAACCGGAGUUUGAAAUACCAAGAAUAUGGAUUAGAUAUCUGGCGAAAGGAAGCAAACGGUUUAAAGAUUCUCUGUAUCGUAAGUCUCAAACGACAAUACAGCCAGCGGGAGUGGAUGUAGCAACGAAUGUGAUACCGCAACAAAAAAAUCCGCUACCCAUAGACUUCACGAAACCUAUAGAGAGCGGUAGAAUUAACGUCAGACAGAGGCCCAAAAGCGUCCUGACGAACAAGGUAGAUAUAUCCAUAGAAACGCAGGACAACCCGACCUCCACUGUCUAUAUCGCAGCUAAUAUCUUCACUCUCGUAAAUACGAGCGACGGGACGAAGCUGAUGCCAUUGCAGGUUACAACCAACACCGUCGAUACAGCUACAGCUCCUAUAUGCACGCCGGUAGUGUUAAAUAACUUACCAGAAAAUUCGGUGAGGUUAAAAUUGGAUGACGUCAUUCGCAAUUUCGCCGACACCAGAGACCAAAUUAAAGAGAAGGAAAAGGAAAAACAAAGUCAUUGCAAGUGCUGCCAUCUCUUGCGUAGAAUAUGUAAAACUCGACAGUCACUAAUAACCGACUACUUCAAUAGUAACAAAAAGUCAAUAACAGUCUGUGAAUGUAAGAACAGGAAAUAUCCAAACGUAACUAAUAAAUUGAAAUUAUUAGUAAAUAGUUACAAAUCGUUAUCAGUGACCGUGUAUAAUGAUUUGAAGGCGAGAAUAGAAAUGAUGAAGACGGGGUCAAGUGAGACACAAGAAAUAGAAACGAAUCAAGAAGAUUUUAUUGACGCAAUGAAAUAUCAAAUUAAGUUAAUUCAAAGGGCCAACAUAGCGAGAGACAAUAGAAUGAAGGUUAAAGUGAACAACACGUUGGGCAAGUUCGAUACAGACGAAGGGAAUCCUUUGCAUUUAGCUAGUGAGCUGCAUAAAAUAUUCGAUGUCGAGUUGGCGGACCUCUACAACGAGUUCCUCAUGUUUCUGACGCCAAAGCAAGCUGACGAAAUCGAUAAGUUCAAAGAUUAUUUCAUUACAAGCCGCAUGAAGGAUUUGAUAAAAAAAACUGAGGAGCAAUUAAAAGGAAAUCCAAUUCAGGAUAAGCUUCUGGGCGAAUUGAAUUCAUUUAUAUUCAGUAAGCUCACCGCGUGUGAGAUGUGUUGCCGUCUGUUAGAGCACAUGCACAGCCAUCCAGACCUCGCUAGAUAUACAUUUGAACUGUUCCCACACAAAUGGAGGCAGCAGGAUUUUAUUAAUUCUGAAUUUCAACAGAAUGCCAUAAAAGUGACGAACAUAAACCCAUCAAUAAUAAUCAAUCAAAGAAAUGACAUUGACAUGUCAGAACCAGUAAACGAUAAUCAACACAAUGAGACAGCGGUGACAUGUGAGGAAACUGCUGUAACUAUGGACUAUGAAGCGGAUGAUGAUUCUACAAGUGAUGAAGAGGAUGCAGAGAAAACGUUAGUUGAAAAAAACUCGAGCACACCGGAAGUAGAUAAUGAUAAUGUUAAACUAUUCUCUACAAUCAAACAUGAAGUUAUCGAAACUGUGGACUUGAGCGUCACGAAAGCGGAACUACAAGACAGUAACUCAUCAGACAUGUCAAUGUUGGUGAUGUCUGAUGAUGAAGCUAUAAAACAUGAACCGUGCGAGUGGAAGCGUGAUGAGGACAAGCUCAUCCUGGAGGUGCUCAAGGAGUUCUUGACUCCGGAGCAGAUAAAGGACAAAACUAUAAUAGAGAUAAUAGAAGAGAGACAUCUUCUGACACAGAUAGCGGAGAACUUGGACAAGUCGUUGGAGGAUGUGAGGGAGCGGGUGCUGUAUUUAUUGCAAGUACUCGGUAGUGAUGCCAAAUAAACUGUUUUAUUAUUA